CCUCACAGAGUCCAAUCUGACAACGUUCGGAGCGGCCUGGAAGGGCCGGAGAAGGGAAGACGCCGAAGCGCAAGCAACUUUCCGUGGUGGAUCUCCCGCCCAACUCCACACUGCGUAGAGCAACAGGACGACCAUCUUGAUAUCCUGAUAUCAACGCUCUCAAACAACAGAUAGUCUACUCCAGAUAGGCCAUCUUGCCUCAUUACGAUGGCUUCCGCAGGCUCUUUACCCCCUGCUCCCCUGCCCCGAUGGGCAGUGGCCAUGAACUCCCCAGCUCCAGCACCAUCAGUCAAAACAGCCAACAUCCCCAAUCCCCCAGGCUUCUCCAGCAAGCCCACCGACAAACAGCGGCGUACCGCGCAGCAACAAACGCCCGCCCGCCCCGUCGAGACCGACACCCUCAAGCUCAAAAAAGCAUGGGAAAUCGCACUGGCCCCCUCGAAACAAAUCCCCAUGAACGCCAUCAUGAUGUACAUGUCCGGCAACAGUUUGCAGAUCUUCAGCAUCAUGAUGGUCUUCAUGUUGUUCAAGGGUCCUAUCCAGGGUCUGCUGUCGACGAAUAGCGCAUUCGUCAAGUUCGAGAACGAAAAUACCAAGGCGCGAUUAGUGGGUGUCAAGGUGGUUUAUGUGCUUAUGCAGUUGGUUUUAUUGGCGCUGGGUAUUUGGAAGGUCAAUGCGAUGGGGUUGUUGCCGACUACGAGAUCAGAUUGGUUGGCAUGGGAAGGCGAGCGCGAGCCGCUCGAACGGGCAUACUUUGCCUUUAGUUGAUGAGGCCGGAUACCUCAAUGAGAUGAUGAACUCUAUCUACAGGGUGUGUAAUCUAUAUCAAUCUGAAACUUCAAAAGCUUGAUGAUCGUUCGUCAUACAUUGUAAUCAUGACCAUUGUAGUUUUAUAUUUGCUUGUCUACGCAACAUCUAAGACACUGGAGUGAGUGAGGG